AUGGUUGCUAGCAGAAUGGAAUCUCGUGUAGAUGCAUUGGAGAGGAUUCUGGAAGCGAUGAAUCGUGAUAGGGAAGAAGACCGAAGAAAACGCGAAGAAGAGAGAAGGAUUCGCGAUGAAGAUCGCAAGGAGCGCGCGAUUGAGAGGGAAAGAGUUGAAGCUCGAUUUCGAACUCUUGAGAAGAUUGUGGAGAACCUGGUUUCAAAACCAGAUGGAAUCAAUGGAGGCGAAAGCCACAGUGAAGAAAUUCCGCAGAAAGCAGGGGAAGAAAAGACUGUGAAUGGAGAUGACACCAGUGGAGAGAAUGGUGUGAACGGGGAAGAAAUUAGGGUUCCUCGCACUGAACGCACUCAUACUGAACGUUGGAGGAAGCUUGACAUCCCUAUUUUUCAAGGGGAUGAGGAUGCAUACAGUUGGAUACAGAAGCUUGAGAGGUAUUUCAAACUCAAGGGAGCAACCGAAGAGGAAAAGAUACAAGCUAUCAUGGUUGCCUUGGAUGGAAAGGCUUUAAGCUGGUAUCAAUGGUGGGAAACUUGCAACACUGCCACCACUUGGGACAAAUUUAAGGAGGCAUUGUUAGCCAGGUUCCAAAUAGCUACAGCUUUAAGUCCAUUUGCUGCUCUCUUUGCUCUUAAACAGGAUGGAACUGUAGAAGAAUUUGUGGAACAGUUUGAGAGGUUUGCUGGGAUGCUCAGGGGGGUUGAUGAAGAACACUACAUGGAUAUUUUCAUCAAUGGAUUGAAGGAGGAGGUGUCUGCAGAGAUCAAGCUUUAUGAACCAGGAACACUGGCUAAGAUGGUUAAAAAAGCUUUGAUGGUGGAGCAGAAAAAUCUGGCAGUGAGCAAGGCUGGAACUACAUCUCAGAGUAGGUAUAACAAUGCUUACAAACCCUCUUAUAAGCCAAAUUCUUUUCAGAAGUCUGUAACUAUUGAAACUGGAAUUAAGAAUGGAGGGGGAAAUACUACACAGAGUGUGCAGUUCUCUAGUGGUAGUGUGAUGGAUAGAUCUGUUAGUAGAACAAGUAGAGGAGGAACUUUUAAGAGGCUUUCAGGUGAUGAGAUGAAAGAAAAACUGAGGAAAGGAGAAUGUUUUAGGUGUGAGGAGAAAUUUGGGCACAAUCAUAUAUGCAAGAACAAACAAUUUAGGGUUAUGUUGAUGGCUGAAGAUGAUGGGGAGGAGGAUAUAGAAACCCUAAGUGAGACACAAGAGGAGAUUGAGGAAGUAAUUGAACUCAAGCAACUUUCCUUAUACAACAUCCAAGGAAUUUCUACAAGAAAGUCCCUCAAGGUGUGGGGAAUUCUGAAUGGUACAACCAUUGUGGUCCUAAUAGAUUGUGGGGCAACUCACAAUUUUAUCUCUAAAGCAAAGGCCAAACAAUUGGGGUUGGUGAUUACUGAAACCUCUACCUAUACUGUGGAAGUAGGUGAUGGGCACAAGGUGCAGGGGAGUGGAGUGUGCAGGAAGGUUAGUGUGUUGAUACAUGGCAUAGAAGUGGUGCAAGACUUUUACCUCUUUGAGCUGAGGGGAGUGGAUGUGGUUUUGGGAUUAGAAUGGCUUGCUGGAUUGGGUGAUAUUAAGGCCAACUUUGAGAAAUUGACUUUGAAAUUCAAGGUUGGAGGCCAGAAGGUGUUGUUGAAGGGAGAACCAGAAUUAUUGAAGAGAGGAGUCUCAAUUAAUUCUGCAAUUAAAUCACUUCAGCAAGGAGAAGGAUAUGUGUUGCAUUGUCAGAUGUUAGAACAAGAACUGGCAACCAAGGAGGAGACACCAGCAGAGUUGCAAUCAGUAUUGAAUCAAUUUCCAGUUUUGUUUGAAUCACCUACUGUUUUGCCACCUAGGAGGAGGCAUGACCAUGCCAUUCAUUUACAAGAAGGAGCAUCAAUUCCUAACAUCAGGCCAUACAGAUAUCCCCACUAUCAGAAAAAUGAAAUAGAGAAAUUAGUUACUGAAAUGCUCGAUGCAGGGAUUAUUAGACCAAGUAUUAGUCCCUAUUCAAGCCCUGUGAUCUUAGUAAGGAAGAAGGAUGGGAGCUGGAGGUUUUGUGUUGAUUAUAGAGCACGAAACAAGGUUACAAUACCUAAUAAGUUUCCUAUUCCAGUGAUUGAUGAACUACUGGAUGAGAUAGGACCAGCUCGAGUUUUCUCAAAGAUAGACCUCAAUUUAACUAUGGAGGAACAUACCUAUCAUCUUACUCAAGUACUGCAAUUGACGGAGCAGCAGGAAUUGAAGAUUAAUGGGAAGAAGAGUGUUUUUGGGAAGCACCAAAUUGAAUAUUUGGGACAUGUGUUGUCAGCUGGAACAGUAGCAGCAGAUCCUAAGAAGCUAGAAGCCAUGUGGCUAUGGCCAAUUCCAAGAAAUUUGAAGAGCUUGAGGGGGUUCCUAGGUUUAACUGGAUAUUAUAGGAGAUUUGUGAAAGAUUAUGGCAAGAUUGCCAGGCCUCUAACCCAUUUGCUGAAAAAGGAUAGCUUUGUGUGGGGGCCAGAACCACAGCAGGCUUUUGAAGCAUUGAAACAAGCACUGACAGAAUUACCAACCUUGGCAGUUCCUGACUUCACCAAGGUUUUUAUCUUGGAAACUGAUGCUUCAGGUACUGGUUUGGGGGCAGUUUUGUCUCAAGAAGGGAGACCCUUGGCUUAUUGGAGUGCUACCUUGUCGGAAAGAAGCCAGAACAAGUCAGUUUAUGAAAGGGAACUGAUGGAUGUGGUCAGAGCAGUUCAGAGGUGGAGACAUUACCUCAUGGGCAGGCAUUUUGUUAUUAGAACAGAUCAAAAGAGCUUGAAGUUUUUGACUGAACAAAGGGUGUUAGGGGAAGAACAGUUUAAGUGA